GGAAUUAAGCACGUGCCUCUCCAACUAGUAUAUAUAUAUUUUCUUACUGUAACACCAAACCCCAUUCAUUUAACAUGCCAAACCCCCCAUUCACGUGAAUUUUUUUAGGUUAGAAAAUGCACGCGUGAAUCUUGACUUUCUAUCUUCCUAGGUUAAAAACACUCUCUUUCCACAUUUUCAGACAAAUCUCUCUCUUUCCUCUUCCCUCUUCCCUCUCCCCUCACCGACGGUGGCCACCGGAGGCCAUGAACGCCAAGCAUCGCUGAUGAUGAGCUACCCACUGUCAAAAUCCCCAAAUUUCAAAACCCUAACCCACUGUCAAAAUCCAUCUUCCCUCUCUCCCACUGACGACGAAACGCACAGAAAAAAAAAUUGAAAGUGAAAUCACACCAACAGUUCCCAAUUUGCUUUCACCAAAAAUUUAUUUUUUGUCUCUGCUGGAAUAGGCAGUUUUGGGAAAGGUUCUAUUGGAAGAUUGACAAGAGAUGGACAAAAAUGAAAACUAAACAUAUCUCUUAUUACAUUCAUGUCACACCGACUGACUAGCGUAGUCAAAAACUCACAAAGCAGUGUCGUUUUGAGGUCUAUUAAAUAAUUCUCUCUUCCUUUUUUUUUUUUUUUUUUUUUUCAAAUCGGAGAUGUAUUAAGUUUCACUCCGGUCCAAAUAUUCUACCCCACCAAAAAAAAUAGGAGGAGGAGAAGGAGGAAGUGCUCUCAUGGAUCAACGCCACCGACUCUACAACACCUAUGUAAAACUCCUGGCCUUCGACCUCCUCUCUCUCACCCAAACCCCAUCUCAUUCUUUCUCAGAAGCCAUCUCCUUUUCUCGCAAAGGCACCCUUCUUUCUCGCAUAGAAACUGUCGGCACCGUCACCUACCGCGAGCUCAAACCUGGAAAGUUUCUCAAAUUCGCCAUCGACGACGGCACCGGAUGCAUCAGCUGCGUCCUCUGGCUCAACCACUUCUCCUCCACCUACUUCGCUCGGCGCAGCCCGCCAGAUGUUCGACUUAUUGCCGAAGCGGCGAAUCGCUUCGUGGCAGAGAUUAGGCUCGGGUCGGUGGCCCGAGUGCGCGGGAGGAUCACCAAUUACCGGGGGGUGGUGCAAAUCACGGUGUCGGAUGUGAUAGUCGAGAGAGACCCAAAUGCGGAGACCUUACAUUGGUUGCACUGUAUUAGUUUGGCUCGCAAGUGUUACGAUGUUGGGACUCCAAACAAGUAGUAGUAUUCAUUGUGUUGGUUGAAAGAGUUCAAUCAAUGUGUUCUUGAAUUUGGUGAAGUGGGUUUGGUUUUGAAUUUGAUUCCUGCAAGUGUGCGAAUGAAUUCUUAAAGAAUUUUUGAACUGGGUUCGAUUCGGAGCUUUGAAUGCGAGUGUAAUCGAGCCAAUUCAUGAUUAUUCUAAGUACAAAAACCCUGAAAUGGAAGGAAAUCGUAAAAAUUGGAUUUGUUAAAGAUUAUGGAGCAUUCAUUUUCUAAAUUCUCUGCAUUCUUACUGCAGAUUAAUUG